AUGAUCAAGCAUUUCCUUCUUGCUUCGCUCACUGUCGGGGCAUUGGCUCAUCCUGCUGCCUUGUCCGAUACAAAGCGCAGCAAUGCCACUAACCUCAACGUCGAACUAUUGGUUGCUAACGGGCUCUUGGAUACAACUACCGAUGGUCGCAUUGUAUUGAUGUUUGCGCCUGCUGGAACCGAUCCUCUCGACGACACCGAUGUCACUUCAUCACCCAACAAGAUAUUCGGAAAGAACGUGUACGGGUUUGGAUCGGAUAAGGCCGUCACGUUGUCUGGUGGUGGUAACGACAGUACUGCAACUGGAGUCUUUGGUUGGCCAAACUCCAGUCUUGACAACAUUGACCCAGGUACCUACAGUGUACAAGCAUUCCUCACCAGAUACGAGACUGUAACCCGCAGCGAUGGAUCCAAGGUUAGCCUCCGCUUUCCAUGCGGCGACGGUGCGCCAAACGUCAAUGGCUUUGGCAGUCUAGUGACACCAGUUACAAACAUCACCAUAUCUGGCAGCCAACAAGCCAUUCAACUGACCUUCAACAAUAUCACCGAAGUCCCCGACUUCAAUGGGAAAGAAAUCAGCGGAUGCAACCAGGGCAACUACGAGGACACAGAGCUUCUCAAGCAUAUCAAGAUCCGUACCGGCUACAAUGCCAAUGACACAAAGACACGGUAUCCCGUCAUCUACCACCAAAACCAUUGGGCAGAUGGUUUUGGUGCGUACAAUUACGGCAAAAACGAGACUUUCACCUCCAUCUGGAACAAAGGCAUCAUCCCCACAACAGACAAUAAGCCAGAACGGCCAGUUCCUAAAUUCAUCACUGUCGCCUUCCGCCACGAAGCACCCUACUAUGACGACUCGUACGCCGUCAACACCGCAAACCUAGGUCCCUACGGCGAUGCCCUAAACGAUGAACUCCUACCCUACAUCGAACAAGAAUUCCACACCAUCCGCUCCCCCUACGCCCGCAUCCAAGACGGCGGCUCAACCGGCGGCUGGGAAUCAAUCGCAAACGUAAUCUACCGCCCCGACCUCUUCGGCGCCUGCUUCUCUUCCUACCCAGACUCCCUAUCCUUCUACCGCCACCAAGACAUCGCUCUCUACACCGCUUCCAACGCAUACACUCGCGACGAUGGCAGCAGCGUCCCCAGUAUCCAAACCUUCGUCAACGGCACGCAAGUCAUCGAAGCCACCGUCGCGUCCGAAAACCACUGGGAACUCACCUUCGGCACUGCCUCGCGCUCCUUCAACCAGUGGGACAUCUGGAACGCCGUGUUCGGGGUCCAAGGCUACAAUAACUAUCCACUUGAGCCAUGGGAUAAGGUGACCGGCAAGAUCUACCCUCAAGCUGUGAGUUACUGGAAACAAUUCGAUCUCACCGAAUACAUCAUUGCGAACUUCAAGUCCACUCGCAAUCUCGGUACUGCGCUUGCAGACCGGCUUUUCGUCUACGUCGGCUCGUGGGAUACGUAUUUUCUCAAUGAGGGCGUACAGGAGUUUAGGAACAGGACGGAUGAGGUCGGUGGGAAGGGCUGGGCGAAUGUUACUAUCCUUCCGGAAAAGACACAUGGGGGCAAUUAUCAAGAUAGGGAUAUUUGGGAUUAUUUGGAGUUGGUGGAAAGUUGGGUGAAGGAGCAUGCUCCCGGAGGUCCCAAGCCGCUUUGUGAAGCGUGUACGGCGCCGUCAACGCGUCGCAAUGUUUGGGAUGAGGUUAUCAAGCACGGUGGCCGCAAGGCUGCGGUUCAGCGCCAGGCGGAUCCCCAGAUUCAAGGUGCCGACAAAGUCUCUGUAGGUCAGGUGGUGAGAGCCAGUGUCGGGCGCUGGGAUCCGGGUGUCAAGUUGAGUGCUCAGUGGAUUCUGAACAGUAAGCCUGCAUACGAAGCAUUUGCUGUCCAACAGGGUGCGAAUGUGACGUACACGCCGACUGUAAAGGGUCAUGUGCAGUUGCUUGUUACGGGGGAGAAGAGGAAUUAUGCCACUGAGACGAGGAAGAGUCAGAGGGUACUUGUUGGACGGUGA